AUGCUCGCUUGCUUCGGUGGAACCAUCCCGGUAGCGUCCAGCUCUUUCGCAGACGGUCGCCAGAAAUCGCUCAAGUCGCACGAAGGCCUGCGAAUGGCCGCGGCGACCCUUGAAGACAGCGACUAUGACGGCGACCAUCUCACGACCGCCAAGCGACUGAACCAUCCCCCGCAUCUUCACCACCCUAAAGCCGUCACGCCGGAUGCUGACGUGGCCGCCGCGACCGCCAUCGCCGCUGCAGCCGUAGUUGGGCCUGCUGUUCCUGUCGCGUCGCGUUCCGUGAAGCCGCUUAGUCAUCAUACCAAUGGCGGGACGGGUAGAUCUGGCGGGAGAGAAGGGGAGAAGGCGCAAGUCGCGCGAUUUAAGGAAGAGGUUGAGGACGAGGAGGACACGUCAUGCAGUAGCGAGUCCGCGAGAGCCGCCGGAUCUUCCGUGGGCUCCUGCGAGAGCACGUGCUUCCGAGUGCCACGUGGCGGGAUGGGGUUUGGCGCGGGAAUUGCGGAGAGCAGCGAGGAGCUGGACGAGUUGAGACUGGAAGUUGCGGAGCUGAGGCGGCGAGUGGCGAGGCACGAGGAGGAGGCGAAGAAGCUGCGAGAUGAGGUGCUCUAUCUUCGAGCUUGCGGCUACGAGAUGCACUUAGCUAAGAGCCAGCAGCAGCAGGGGCGCGUUCUCACACCAGCGACCAGCGCCUCACGGUUACCGUUCCAGGACGUGGGCAACCUUCCGGCAGCCGUGCCCGGGACCAUCUUAAACACGUUUGGGAAUCCCGAGAAUGCAAUGUCGAGCUUAGAGAUGAUGAUGGGGAUGCGUGUAGCGGGGAUGGCUGAGAACGCAGAGCUCAGGGGUUCUGAAUCAGCAGGAGGCGGAAGAGGAGGAGGAGCAGGAGUGGUGGAUGAAGGAUCGGCGGUAGAAUUAGCCGCAGCAAGAGUGGAAGCAGGGAAGGUAGGACGAGGCUGGGAGCAGCACGAGCAGGGGCAGAAGGAGAACAGGGAGAAUUGGGAGAUUAGGCAGCCUGAGAACGGUUCGAAUGGGUUGAGCGGUUUGAACGGUUGUCAGGAACAAGCCAGUCCGCGAGGAACGGGAGGGGUACAGGAGAGAGGGCGUGUGCAGGAUAGGGGGAGUGUGGGCGUGCGGGAUCCGAGGGGUAAUGCGAGUAGUGGUGAUGGGUUGUCCGUCCUGCCCCCCCUCUGGGCAUCUGAUUCCCCUUCCAAAGAGAAUGGUCACAGGGAGGGUGGCGGGGCACGUGGCAGUGCUGCUGCUGCUGCUGCUGGGGAAGCUGAUGUGGCGGUGGUACCAGCAGCUCUUUUCUCUCCUCGUCCCGCUGCCACAUCAGCAUGCCCUGUUCUGCCGACAAGGCCUGCCACGUCACCAGCCGUCGCGCGGCCGCCGGUGUACAGCGGGCGAGCAAGUCUGGAAAAGAUGAGGCCGCCGCCUAUAAAGGGGAUGCCCCUGCCGUGGGAGUCGGUUGAUGACGUGGCGAAUCUGCAGGCUGCGAUUGGCCGCCAGGGGGAUGGAGGUAGUGGUGUUGUUGUUGCUGCUGCUGCUGCUACUGGGAAGGAGGGAAGGGUUUACACUGUAGGAGAAGGGAUAGGAGAGCAGGUGGAGCAGGGUAAGCAGGUGGGACAGAGGGAGGAGGGAGAGCAGGUUGUAGGCAGGAGCGUGGAGGCUGGGACGACUGGGGCGGGAGGUGUGGGGCUGGCAAGAUCAGGUUCGGGAAGCAGUGCGGUGAAGAGCGGUGGGAGGAGGACUGGGCCUGCCCUGGUGUGGCGAGUGGUGAACGGAGAGGGUGUGUGGACGCUGGCUGGGAUGGAGGGGUCACAGGAACAGGCAAGCCAGACUGCUCUGCAUCCCACAAACCCCUUCCUCUCCGCGCCAGCUGCUGAUGGCUUGGUCUGGGAAGAACAUGGCGCUCCCAUUGCAGCAUCCGCGUUACAGGUGGGCCCGUUAGAGGUGGCAGCGGCGAAUGGAACAGUGUCGACGACAGCAGCAGCUGCUCCCGCGGAGUGUUUUCUGGUAGCGAGCCGACCAAAGCACGAGCAGCAGCAGCAGCUGAAUGUGACAGAGGCGGCGCAGGACCACCAGGGAGAGAAGGUGAAAGGAAAGAGUGCGAUGAAAGGCGCUGCUCCUCGCACUGCUGCUAACGCUACACUCCCCACCACAACACUCCCUGCCACACCUCCCACUGCCACACCCCUUGGUGCUCCGCCAACCGCUGCUGCCCCCACCACUCCCUUUGCUGACGCUAUUACCCCAACCUCCAGUGCACCCGGACUGGCCAAUCCUGCUUCGCCAGCUGGACUGCCAGCUGGACUGCCAGCAGGGCCGGAGGCGAAGCCAGCGCUGUGGGCAGCAGCAGUGGCAGCAGCGACAAUGAUGACCCCCACUGCCGCCCGGAUAUCCGACCUCCUCUUUGGCUCCUCCCCCUCUCCCUCCGGUCCUUCUGACCUCACCCCUCCCUCUGGUUCCUCUGACCCCACCCCUCACUCUGCCCCCUGUCCGCCCGCUGAUAGUUUCUCUCUGGGUGUGAGCCAGGGCUUGAGGGGAGGGGCAGGGGGAGCAGGAGCAGAAGGGGAGAGCGUGGGGGCGAGGAGGAAGGGAGUGGGGGAGUCAGAUAGCUCGCUCACGCUGGUGCGAGGGGCGUCGUGUCGAAGCUCUGUUGACACGCCCGGGUUUGCAGCGGGUGGUGGUGCUGGUAAUCGUUCCUCCCUGCCUGCUGUGAGGGGUGAAAGGCGAGGGGAGUGGGAGGGGGAGAGUGAGGGGGAAGGGAGCGAGGAGGAGAGUGAGGUGGAGAGUGAGGGGGAGAGUGAGCAGGAAAACGAGGGGGAAGAGAGUGAGGAGGAGAGUGAGAGCGACUACAGUGAGAGUGGAAGCAGUAGUGAUGAGGACGAAGAGGAGGAGGAGGAGGAGGAGGAGGAGGAGGAGGAGGAGGAGGAGGAGGAAGAAGAGGAAGAGGAGGAGAGGGGUGAGGGUGGGAAGGUGGUUGGGGGGGAGAAGAGUGCCACAGAGGAUGACAGAAGCUGUACCAGCUUCCUCUCCUCAGGUGGGGCCACUGCUGCGGCGUCAGCCCUCUCAGGUGAAAUACCAGGUUUCUCAGGUGAACUCAACGCGUAUGCAACAGACGCAGCAGUGAACAGGCAGGGGCCGUGUGAGGCCGGUUUUGAGACAUACGCGUCUGAUUGGAGUGAGGGGGAGGAGGAGGAGGACGAGGAGGAGGAGGACGAGGACGAGGAGGAGGACGAGGAGGAGGAGGAGGAGGACGAGGAGGAGGAGGAGGAGGACGAGGAGGAGGAGGAAGAGGAGGGAGAGAGGGAGGUGGUACCUGCCUCUCCGUUCAGGUCUACCUCCCCCAGAUCUACCUCCCCUUUCAGCCAGUUGUACCCGCCCGCAGCCAGGCUCCACUCGCCCAAGUCCGCGCUGCGAUCGCCUGCAGGCAAGUCCAUGCUGGUCAACUCUGCAUUGACCAAGUCAACGCUGCCAAAGAGCAGGUCUACCUCCCCUCAACGCACCUCCCCUACACGCACCUCCCCUACACGCACCUCCCCCACACGCACCUCCCCCACACGCCCCUCCCCCACACGCACCUCUCCCGUCUCCCCUGCGCGCACCUCCAACCGUUCGCUGAGGCGCACCGUCUCCCCUAUAAGCAUGCUCGCUUCUCCGUUGAAGCGGCUCCUUGUGCCCGAUGGCAAGCGGAGCAGGUCCCCCUCUCCCACUGGCCGCUUACCUUCUCCUGCUGCCCCUCUCUCUCCUUCUGCUGCUCCGCGCUCUCCUUUCGCUCCCCACUCCCCUGCUGCUCCGCGCUCUGCUGCUUCUCAUCUCUCUGCUGCCAUCGCGUCUGCUCGCUCACCCUCUCCCGCGCCCUCGCCUGUCGCUCGGUCGGCCACUCCUGUUGCAAGGCCGCGGGGGCAGGCAGAGGUGGGGAGGAUGAAGAGGAGGGGUGGUAGUGAUGGUCGCGGUGAUGGGAGGAAGGAUAAUGGUGUGGGGAAUGGCAAUGGCGCAGGGACUACCAAUGGUGGCGGGAAUGGGAAUGACACAGGGGUUGGAAAUGGUGGUGGGAACGGCAACUGGGGAAGUGCUACAAGCUGGGAGACGGAGGAGAAAUUGGUGGUUGUGGAGGGGAGUGCGAGGACAGGACGGAAAGGAGGGAGAGGGGAAGGUGCGUUGGAGGGGAGAGGGGAAGGUGCGUUGGAAGCAGGAAGGGGGGAGGAAAGGAGGGAUGCCGUGGAGGCAUCGGCGUGCGAUGUGGGCGGGAUGCUUGAGAGGAGGAGCAGCAGCAAAGGGGAGCGGAGCAGCAGUCGGGGGGGAGGAGGGAGGAGGGGCAGCAAGAGCAGGGAGAGGGUGAGGAAGGGUACGUGGACGAGUGGGGAGUGGGAGGUGUUUCAAGGGCCAGGGAGCGACGAUGAGGAUGAUGAGGAGGAGGAGGAAGAAAAGGAGGGAGAUUCGGGACGUCAGAUUAGAGGGAGAUCACCUGUACCGAGACGAACGGCGUCCAUGACGUCAGCUGGGAGCAGCGUGACGUCAGCAACGUCCAGAGGCAGUGGGGCCGGGGGUGGGGAAACGGACGGGGUUAGGGUUCAGUCCAUUCUCUGCAAGAGCAAGUCGCCUAGGGAAGCUUAUGAGACACAGCAGGUCACUCCUGGUGGGCAUGAUGGUGGUGGUGGUGGUGCAGCAGCAGAGGGUGAGCUUAUGCCCGAGGCAGCUGGAGAAGGCACAGGUGGUGCUACUGUUAGGAGGAGGGCAGAGGGCUACCCUGGGAAUGCUGAUCGGGGUGUUGGAGUAGGGAUUCUUGGGAAAGAUGAUGCAGCGAGGAAAAAGGAGAAGGCUGGGGGGUUGGGCAGGAGGGAGGAGGGUGGGGGAGAGGUGGAGGGUGGGGGGAAGAAGGAGAGGGCGUGGAGGAAGGGGAGUCCGUUUGGGAAGAGGAGGACAACAGGAGUAGUGCAGGAUUCAGAGCGACAGGAAGACAAGUGUGGGGUGGAUGGAGGGAGAGGGGUAGAGGAACAAGAGACUCGUAAGGGGGAAGGGCACAGGAGCCGGAAUCCGUUUUCCAGUGGGGAUGAAGGUAGGAGCUCUGACGAGGGGGGUGCAGAUGCGGCUUUGGAUAUAAGGGCACCUGAAAGGCUAGAAACCGUGACAUCUUUUUCAAAGAAAGGGGACGUCAGGGCUGCUGGGGUAGUACUAGGGGGCAGUUGGAGGCGUUAA